GGCGAGAGGGCGUGGCUUUAAGUCACUGUGGCAAAGCACACCCAUGUCAGCUCAAUUCGACUCGAUCACCAAACAUCGUUCCACUCGCAAACCGAUCAGAACCCAUCCUUCAUCUUCACCUUCAUCAUCAGCACCAUCAUCUUCACCUUCCUUAUCUCGCCGGCCGCGUGCUGCUCGUCGUCCCCUGUACCCGCGCGCCCGGCCGGUUCUCUCGGCGGAGGGAUUCCUCCUGAAGUUCGGAGGAGGAAGGUUGCGGAGCUGGAGGGUUGCUGAAGCUAUAGUAUAGCAGUAAUAUGGUAAUAUGUAAUAUGUAAUAUGGUAGUAGUACCAUAGUGUAGUAGUGUUAGGGGUAACAGUAGUGGACGGGCGGCUCUCUGAACUAAAAGGCGCUCCGCGGUGUGUUUAGUUUAGAGAGCGGAAGAGGAGAGAAGUAGCACUUCCUGGAGAGGGAGCGUUUUUCCUGUUCUCCUACAGAACAACAGCAGCAGCUCCGCGGGGGACUGGGAGUGCUGGGAUUUACUGGGUGUAACUGGCUGUAGGUGCCCAGGAUGGCCAAUGGUAGCCCUGAUAUGCCCCCAGGACCCCUGUCCCAGGUUUUCUUCCCACCGGGUGGGUCUGUCCUCCCCGGGGCUGUUCUGAUCCAGCAUGCUGCCUCUGUCUCACUGCCAGCGGCUCAUAUCCCGGGCUCCUCGACGGCGGAGAUAGGGCUGCACCAGGGUCCCGGCGGCGCUGCCAGUGUGCCCGCGGUGCCCCCGACUCCAGGCGGGGUUUCCUUCAUCAUCCAGAUCGGGCUGACCAGAGAGUCCGUGCUGCUCCCCCAGACCGCUGACCUGGCCUAUGUCAAACAGGUGGCCUGCUCCAUUGUGGACCAAAAGUUUCCUGAGUGCGGCUUUUAUGGUAUUUAUGACAAAAUCCUGCUUUUCAAACAUGACACGAGCACCAACAACAUCUUACAACUGGUGAAGUCUGCAGCUGAUAUCCAGGAGGGAGAUCUAGUGGAAGUGGUGCUGUCUGCGGCUGCCACUGUUGAGGAUUUCCAGAUUCGUCCACAUGCUCUAAAUGUGCACUCUUACCGCGCCCCUGCCUUUUGUGACCACUGUGGUGAGAUGCUGUUCGGUCUGGUGAGACAAGGGCUGAAAUGUGAUGGUUGUGGGCUUAACUAUCACAAGCGCUGUGCUUUCAGCAUUCCUAAUAACUGCACCGGGGCCAGAAAGAGACGACUGUCCACUACAUCACUGACCAGCAGCCAGUCUCUUCGCCUGUCCACCUCAGAAUCCCUCAGUACUAUUAGCUCCAGCACAACCUCGGAGGAAACACAGCUGAUUCGCUCCCACACACAGAUGCCCCGAACCCCCAGUGAAGCACGCCGAUUUUACACAGGUCGACCAGUUCACCUGGAUAAGAUCUUGAUGAGUAAAGUGAAGGUGCCGCACACAUUUGCAGUUCACUCCUACACUCGACCCACCGUCUGCCAGUACUGCAAGCGGCUGCUCCGGGGUCUGUUCCGCCAGGGCCUGCAGUGUAAAGACUGCAAAUUCAACUGUCACAAACGCUGUGUGUACAAAGUGCCUCAUGACUGUCUCGGGGAAACUAUUGGAGCAGAUGUUUUAAGUCCAAAUGCAGACCCAGAGGUGCCGAUGGACUACAGCAGUGAGUACACUGACUCUGAGAAGUCCUCGCUGAUGGACGACUCUGACGAGACCUGCAGCAUCCCCGGCUCCUUUUCUCCUGACAACAGCCCCGAUGGAGCCAGUGGAGACCAGAGUGCUAAUAUCCCCCUGAUGAGAGUGGUGCAGUCAGUGAGGCAGACCACACGCCGCUCCAGUACAGCCAUUAAAGAAGGAUGGAUGGUGCAUUACAGCAACAAGGAUACGCUGAGGAAGCGACACUAUUGGCGUCUGGACUGCAAGUGCAUUAUCUUAUUCCAGAAUGACACAACCAACAAAUACUACAAGGAAAUUCCUCUUUCUGAGAUUUUAGAAGUGCGUCCAGCAGAAGAUUUCACGCUGGUGCCCACAGGGGCCAAUCCGCACUGCUUUGAGAUGGUAACGGGUACCAUGCGCUACUUUGUGGGAGAGAAUCUUAACCCUUUCCCCUUCCAAUCAUCCGGCACACCAGGCAACGUUUCUUCCAACAGUGUGGCGCCAAAUAGUGGAGUAGGCUGGGAAGUUGCCAAAUCCUGGGAGAACGCUAUACGGCAGGCCCUUAUGCCUGUGAUCUUCCAGGAUAAUCCACCAGCUGAAGGAAACUGUCCUCACAGACAGGCAUCGGUCAGCAUCUCUGUGUCCAACAGUCAGAUUCAGGAGAAUGUGGACAUAGGCAUGGUAUAUCAGAUAUUUGCUGAUGAGGUUCUGGGUUCUGGCCAGUUUGGAGUGGUGUAUGGGGGUAAACACAGGAAAACUGGACGGGAUGUAGCAGUGAAAGUGAUCGACAAACUCCGCUUUCCCACCAAACAGGAAAGUCAGCUUAGGAAUGAGGUGGCUAUACUGCAGAGUCUGCGCCACCUGGGCAUAGUGAAUCUGGAGUGUAUGUUUGAAACUCCGGAGAAGGUGUUUGUGGUGAUGGAGAAGCUGCAUGGAGACAUGCUGGAGAUGAUCCUGUCCAGUGAGAAGGGCCGGCUCCCUGAGAGACUCACCAAGUUCCUCAUCACACAGAUUUUAGCUGCCUUAAGGCAUCUGCACUUUAAGAACAUUGUGCACUGUGACCUGAAACCUGAAAACGUUCUGCUGGCCUCUGCAGAACCAUUUCCACAGGUGAAGCUGUGUGACUUUGGCUUUGCGCGGAUUAUUGGUGAAAAGUCAUUCCGGCGCUCUGUGGUGGGCACGCCAGCCUACUUGGCUCCAGAGGUGUUGCUGAAUCAGGGUUACAACCGCUCUUUGGACAUGUGGUCAGUUGGGGUCAUUAUGUAUGUCAGUUUGAGUGGGACCUUCCCCUUUAAUGAGGAUGAAGAUAUCAAUGACCAGAUCCACAACGCUGCCUUCAUGUACCCACCCAACCCCUGGAAACAGAUCUCUCCUGACGCUACUGACCUCAUUAAUAACUUGCUUCAAGUGAAGAUGAGAAAACGUUACAGUGUGGACAAAAGUCUCAGUCAUUCAUAUUUACAGGACUAUCAGACUUGGCUUGAUCUGCGGGAACUGGAGUCUAAGCUCGGGGAACGGUACAUUACACACGAGAGCGACGAUGUUCGCUGGCAGAUGUUUGCUCAAGAGCACACGUUAUCCUACCCAGCCAACCUACGCGCUGCACUCUCUCCAUACGAUGAUGACCAGGUGGCAGCGGAAAUGCAGGGCUUAACAGAGCGAGUCAGCAUCCUCUGAGGAGGAGGGGGGACUUGGUUGGUGGGGUGGGAGAUACUUAACUGUUUUAGGAAAUGUUUUGUGUAGCUUUUGUAUGGUUGUAUUUUGGAACAGUGCCCUCUACAUCUGUAUAUAGUCACUGAAGACAGACGACAGGAUCACACCCCUGCCAUAUAAAAUGAGAGAGAGACAGAGAAUAAUGCAGUAAAGGUAGAAAUAAAAUGGAUAAUUGUUACAUAUCAAGAGAUUCCUAUAUGACUGAUCUUUCCUUAGUUUAAAAUUAAGGGUGGGACAACAUAUCAAUAGCAUGAUAUAUUGUGUCUUUUUUGCGAUACAUUAUUAAUACUUGCAUAAAAUAUGGAUAUUUUUACUAAAACAUAUUCAUAUUGAAACAAGCUCUUAAAUCCCUAAGACUCGCCCCCUGUAGACUUACUAAAGUUACUGAUUCAUUACUCCAUGUGGUGGCGCUAUAAACAAAUGAAUAGGGUUAACCUGUGGUGAAGAAUAUUGGUUGUUAAAUUCUGUGAAACUGACACCAAUGAAUCCAUAAUUCCUGGUAUUUGAUUAUUCUCUAUUAUUUUUAUCCUCUUCAGUAACACAGAUGCUGUGAAGUAUCGUAGAGAAUUGUCUGAGAUUUUGUAAGGUGCCCUGUGAUUCCCACCCCUAAUUAUAAUACCCAGCAGUUAAUAGUAAUGCAUGGCGCUUAAAGAUAUGAGAAAAGAUAAAAUCAUGCAGUUUUUUUUAUUAUUAUGUCAACUCUUUCAUUUAAUUCAUUACUCUCUUAAUCACUUCAUAUUGAUGGUGAGCAUUUUGUCAGAGCAUGGAAAACUUUCACUUAAUUUUAUUAAAAGAUUACAUUUCUUCACUUGCUCAAUUUUGCUCAGUUUUACGUAUGGAUAAAUAAGUAGAUCCUGACGUUGCAAACUGGGGGGUUGAAUUUAAAAUUAGAAGAAAAAAUACAGUGAUUCAUUUUGUUCACCUGUAAUGUUUUUGAACAGUUUUGUUAAUGGUGACCUAACUGGGUUUUUCCUGUGGGUUUUAAAUAACAGACUAGCCAAACUCCCUGAUGCAUCAAGGGAUGUAAUGAUGGGGAUGUAACUAAGCAUGACUUUGACCUGAUUAUUGCUAUGAAGUAUAUUUUGUACACAUGUUUAACAUUAGUAAAGCUGAUGUGGUUCAUGUUGUCCCAGCACAUGUAAUAAACAGUGGUUUAGAAAAGCUG